AUGGCGAUGUUGGAUAAAUACUCCGUUACAGCUGGCAAAUUGGCGUCCCUCCGCGCUGCCCGAACGCUUCUGACGAAUGCAAUUCGCAGAUCGUCCCUGAAUCCAGUGUCUCCACAUCACACCCUCCACCCUUUGAAGUCGCCGUCGCCUUUCUUCAUUCUCUUAAGACCCAGCCAAUGCAAUACCUUAUCCGGGUUUCGCACAACACCCAACCAGCUUCCUUUCAGGACGAGUCACUUUAAAAGAGACGUAGACCUCGAUCAACCUUUGUUCCUUGCCCCGGCGCUUGAUGCAAAGAUAUCUGGCGGCAUCCAUAGAAAGAGAUAUUUGUUUCUCAAUCUCGAGAACGUGUCCCGCUAUCCCUACGACUCGUACGAACUGUCGCCCGUUGGAUGUCACCCGAUGAAGUUCUACUUCGAGUUCAUCACGACCCCGACCGCGGACACGCCUGGCACCACCAUCCUCCUCCACUUCGAUGACAAGAGGUAUUUGUUUGGGCAUGUCCCCGAGGGUUUGCAGCGGGCGUGUUCGCAUCGGGGUGUGAAACUUACACAUGUUACGGAUAUUUUCAUGUCUGGGAAGACCUCGUGGACCAAUAAUGGAGGGUUGCUAGGCGUCAUCCUGACUGUUGCGGAAUCGACAAGUACCUCUGCAUGGUCGCAGGCGGAAGUCCACAAGACAAGAGUGGAUAGGCUGGAGAAAUUGGCCGAGGAAGCUGAGGAUCCCGUUCAGGCCCAGUGGUAUAGAGAGCGGCUUGAGCUGAAUCUGAAGAAGAACAAAAGACUCGCACAGGAUUUUGAGAAGGGCAAAUUGGCUAUACAUGGAGGGCCUAAUUUGACACAUGCUGUGGCUACGGCGAGGAAAUUCAUUUUUAGAACUGGUAUGCCAGUGUUUAUUCAUGAGUUUAAUGAAUUUAUGGGACUUGCGGAAAAUGGAGAGGUCGAGACGAAGAAAGCUGUAGCAGACCCGACGUGGUCUGACUCACAUCUCAAAAUAUGGGCAUUGUCGAUAUCACCGUCAUCGCUUCCCGAGUCUCCUUCUAGCUCUGCGGGAAGUACGAAAAGUGGCCGCAAGCGAAAUUUGAAUGAGUUCCAGGGGGGUGCGGCUGGUGCAGAAGACACUUCAGAGAGUGAGGAUGGUAUCCUUUCACGCGCUCAGGACCAAAUAACCCGCCAGGCUGUUGUGUCAGAUAUGUUCAACUCGGACUGGCGUCUGGACUCUCUUGUCGAAAUGCCGCUAAGUGAAGUUCGCAUGCCUGCUAGAAUCUUUGUGCGCAACUCAGAAAAUCAUAAGAUUGAAUCUUACACUGGACCUAAGCCUGGUGGGACAGAGGAGCUCCCUGACUUAAACGUCCUGGUUCGCAGACCGUGGCCUGGUGCCAUGAUCCAAUCCCUACCCCCAACAACUCCAUCAGAUAUCUCGAUUUCAUACAUUAUUCAGCAUCAUGAUGUCCGAGGGAAGUUUAAUGCGGAGAAAGCGAUAGCAUUGGGGGUGCCACGGGGUCCUAAGUUUAGCAAAUUGACUAUGGGACACAGUGUGGAGUCUACGGAUGGCAAGACAAUCACUCCCGAGAUGGUUCUUGGUGAACCUCAACCAGGUGGAGGAAUUGCUCUUAUGGAUCUACCCACGGCCGACUAUGUUGAAAAUCUUCUCAACAGGCCUGAGUGGACGACACCUGAGAUUAUGAGAGGGUUUACAACGUUUAUAUGGGUCCUUGGACCCGGCGUUGGUGGGCAUCCGCUAAUUCAAAAGUUCGUGUCUAAAAUGUCACAGUACAAGCAUAUCGUCUCUUCUCCGGAUUUCUGUCCGAACUACCUCGCUUUCCCCUAUAGUUCCAUGGAGACUAGCCAAUUCUCAGUCCUCGAUAGUGCUCGCUACAGCGUUCCACACCAUGAUAAUGUUGUCCUUCCGCAGAAGACGUUUCUUACAUCCUCAGCGGUGCCAACUCCUGCAGCUGAUGCUCUGAAAUCGGCAUUCGAGCCUGCAGUACCUGGCUUACAGCUCGAAUUGCAACCUAAAUUUGUCAUCAAGAGGGAUAAUGUUCAGAAACCCCUUAACGCGGAUGUCAUCAAGAAUGACAUCCCUCCCCGGGUCAUCGAGACAGCACACCAGGCAGAACAUGAAAUUGAGGGUCAUGAAUUCCAACAAAUUUUAGCAGAUGUUCGACGGAACCUACCAGGUCAAGAUGCGGAGAUUAUUACUUUAGGAACAGGUUCUUCAGUGCCGUCGAAGUAUCGAAGUGUUUCUGGGACGUUGCUUACGGUUCCUAGUGUUGGAAACUAUUUGUUUGAUUGUGGUGAAAACACGCUUGGCCAGCUGCAGCGCGUCUUCUCGCCCCAGGAGUUAAGAAAGGUUUUGCAAGAUUUGAAAGUGAUAUGGAUUAGCCACUUACACGCCGACCACCAUUUGGGAACCGUGUCAGUUAUUCGCGCCUGGUACAAGGUCGUCUAUGGUACUUUGUCAUCAGCAUCCUCACCCUCACCAGAGCAGGAUCUCACAAAAAUCUUAAGCGAGAAGAGACUGUUCGUCGUCUCCCACGCGAAAAUGAUCGAAUGGCUCGCCGAGUAUGCUGGUGUCGAGAACUUUGGCUUUGACAAAAUUACUCCCCUUGAAGUAGAUUCCUCUGCCGCAGAUAGCUUUAGAUUUAGCCACCUCGACCAAAACAGCCGACCUAUACUCAACGAACGCGGGAAUCCCAUGAAAACUCUCCUCUCAUUUAAUCCGGACCAGUCUCCGUUAGCCGCUCAACUCCAAGCUGCCACAGGGCUCAGUACCCUCCUCACUACCCCAGUCAUGCAUUGCAACGGUUCCAAAGCAACCUCAUUCGUUUUCCCAUCCGGCCUCAAAGUCUCCUACUCAGGUGACUGCCGCCCAUCCCGGAACUUUGCCAAAAUUGGCAAGGACUCCACCGUGCUGAUCCAUGAGGCAACUUUCGAAGAUGACAUGUAUCAAGACGCCCGCGCUAAACGGCACAGCACCAGCGGCGAGGCGCUACAGAUUGCCAAACUUAUGCGUGCCAAAAAUAUUGUUCUCACCCAUUUCAGUCAACGGUAUACUCACAAACCAACCAUUCCCCGCCUGCAGAUCUGGGCCUCCAGUUCCGGCUCCCGCUCCGCCUCUCGCUCCCCCCGAUCUUGCUCCAAUUCUCCAAACCGCCCCACGUCUCCUGGAGCAGCCAUGAAGAGGAACUCGUCGCGAGGCUAUAACACGCCCGACGUCCCCAUUUCUAGAAACGAACAUGAUAAUGACGAUUAUGAAUCCGAGACAUCAAGAUAUGUACCUGUUCUCAACCGGUAUUAUAAAUAUAAGGAGGCGGCUGAGCUGAGCAAUGAGGGUGUGAACCAGAAGCGUUCGUCAUCAGGCACAGGUGCAGGCGGAAAGGAAAAACGAAAUGACCAAGGGAAGAGGGAUAUGAAGAGCAAAAAGGAUUGGAGAGGUGGGAAGGGAGGAAAGAGAGAUGAUCAGCGUGGGCGUCUGCGUGAUUCUGGCCCUGGUCCAAAUCCUGGUUCCGGGUCCGGUUAUGCUUCUAGUUUUGGUUAUUUUGGAGGGCAUGCAGGUGGCCAGAAAGCCGCGGGGGGCAUGGGAGGCUAG